AUGGCGGUCAGCCAGGCCCAACAGUUGCUGUCAGGAAGCAGAAUAGUCAGCCAGGCCCAACAGUUGCUGUCAGGAAGCAGAAUAGUCAGCCAGGCCCAACAGUUGCUGUCAGGAAGCAGAAUAGUCAGCCAGGCCCAACAGUUGCUGUCAGGAAGCAGAAUAGUCAGCCAGGCCCAACAGUUGCUCCCAGCAGCCAGACGGGGGCUGGUGCCCCUCCAGCCCAGCAGCCAGACGGGGGCUGGUGCCCCUCCAGCCGAGCAGCCAGACGGGGGCUGGUGCCCCUCCAGCCGAGCAGCCAGACGGGGGCUGGUGCCCCUCCAGCCGAGCAGCCAGACGGGGGCUGGUGCCCCUCCAGCCGAGCAGCCACAGGGGGCUGGUGCCCCUCCAGCCGAGCAGCCACAGGGGGCUGGUGCCCCUCCAGCCGAGCAGCCACAGGGGGCUGGUGCCCCUCCAGCCGAGCAGCCACAGGGGGCUGGUGCCCCUCCAGCCGAGCAGCCACAGGGGGCUGGUGCCCCUCCAGCCGAGCAGCCACAGGGGGCUGGUGCCCCUCCAGCCGAGCAGCCACAGGGGGCUGGUGCCCCUCCAGCCGAGCAGCCACAGGGGGCUGGUGGCCCUCCAGCCGAGCAGCCACAGGGGGCUGGUGCCCCUCCAGCCGAGCAGCCACAGGGGGCUGGUGCCCCUGCAGCCGAGCAGCCACAGGGGGCUGGUGCCCCUCCAGCCGAGCAGCCACAGGGGGCUGGUGCCCCUCCAGCCGAGCAGCCACAGGGGGCUGGUGCCCCUCCAGCCGAGCAGCCACAGGGGGCUGGUGCCUCUCCAGCCGAGCAGCCACAGGGGGCUGGUGCCUCUCCAGCCGAGCAGCCACAGGGGGCUGGUGCCUCUCCAGCCGAGCAGCCACAUGGGGCUGGUGCCUCUCCAGCCGAGCAGCCACAGGGGGCUGGUGCCUCUCCAGCCGAGCAGCCACAGGGGGCUGGUGCCUCUCCAGCCGAGCAGCCACAGGGGGCUGGUGCCUCUCCAGCCGAGCAGCCACAGGGGGCUGGUGCCUCUCCAGCCGAGCAGCCAGAGGGGGCUGGUGCCUCUCCAGAGGAGCAGCGCAAUGGGCUGGUGCCUCUACAGAGGAUCAGCCACAGGAGGCUGGUGCCUCUCCAGAGGAUCAGCCACAGGGGGCUGGUGCCUCUCCAGCCGAGCAGCCACAGGGGGCUGGUGCCUCUCCAGCCGAGCAGCCAGAGGGGGCUGGUGCCUCUCCAGCCGAGCAGCCAGAGGGGGCUAGUGCCUCUCCAGCCGAGCAGCCAGAGGGGGCUAGUGCCUCUCCAGCCGAGCAGCCAGAGGGGACGAAAGGCAGUUGCGUACGGCCAGGCCAAUCGGGUGCAGACGAUAGGCAGUGCGUUCGGCCAGGCCCAUCGGGUGCAGACGACAGGCAGUGCGUUCGGCCAGGCCCAUCAAGAGCAGACGACAGGCAGUGCGUUCGGACAGGCCUAUCAAGAGCAGAUGACAGGCAGUGCGUUCGGCCAUGCCCAUCAAGUGCAGACGACUGGUAGUGCGUUCGGCCAGGCCCAUCAAGUGCAGUCGACAGGUAGUGCAUUCGGCCAGGCCCAUCAAGUGCAGACGACAGGUAGUGCAUUCGGCCAGGCCCAUCAAGUGCAGACGACAGGUAGUGCGUUCGGCCAGGCCCAUCAAGUGCUGUCGCGAUCAGUGGUUUCGGCCAGCCCCAUCAAGUGCAGUUGUGGGGGAGUGUGGUCGGCCAUGCCCAUCAAGUGCAUUUGUGGGGCAGUGUGGUCGGCCAUGCCCAUCAAGUGCAGUUGUGGGGCAGUGUGGUCGGAUCUGCCUAUCAAGUGCAGUUGUAGGGCAGUGUGGUCGGCCAUGCCCAUCAAGUUCAGUGAUGAGGUUAUGCUUUCGGCCUGGUCCAUCAGAUCCGGUAGUGACACAGUUGAGUUGGCCAGGCCCAUUAGAUGUAGUCCUGUGGUUGGACAAGCCAGCCCCAUCAGUUACAUUUAG